AGCAAGACCAAACCUUUCCGUGAUCCUCGUCUGCGUGGGCUUGUGCGGAGUUUGGGCGGUUUUUUGUUUGGCCUAUUCCUUGCCUCUGUGUACGGAAUGACUGCACUGUUCGUACAGAACCAAGGACUGUGGUACUGCGUGUAUACCACGAUCGCCAUAGCGUUCCUCACAGCAUUUGGCAUGGGCCUCUCCAUCCGCGUGCGAGCGAAUAUAAUGCUCAUGAUGCCAAUGCUGUGUUCAAUGAAGGGCAAGAACUUCAUCUUGUUCCUCAUGUUCUCCAUGUUGGUCCAGGGCCCCAUGACCAACACCCUGGAGAACUUUGACCGUGCAGCGGACAGCGUGGUGUGUGGGGCCGAACUGGCCAUGAACCAGACCCAGCAGCUGAUGGAGCGAGCGACUACACCUCUUCUCUCUGUGCUGGGCAAGAUAAAAGAGAUCACCAAAAAUGCCCACUCUGUGGCUGGGAGGGUACAGAACUUAAUCAAGGCCCUGACCGAGUCUGUCCGCCAUGUAGCUCGUUCCCUGAGAAACGUGUUACACUUCCUGGUCGGCAUUGGCAAGGUGUGUAAUGACAAACUGGGCACCCCUUAUAAGAAGUGUAACAAGCUGUUUGAUGAUGCCCGUGAUGACUGCAUGGAGCUCCUGUCCGUGUUCAACUUCCUUUGUCACAUUGUGGAUGGGUUCCGCCCCCUCUGUGGUCUCGCUCGAGUUGGUCAGCUGUUUUGCAUCAUCCCUUCUUACAUUGUUGGCCACAUGAAGACAAAGAUUGCUGCCCCAACCAUAGCAGCUUUCGAGAAGAUGAAGGAGUUUGAGUUCAACAUAUCGGCCUCUAUGCACUUUGACAUGAAUGUGAACAGCAGUCAGUCGCUGCAGCAGGUGUCACAGGAUAUGAUGGAGGAAGUGUCGGUGGAGCUGGGACGUUUCCAGGAAGUGAUGGGGCUGCUAGCCUACAUAGGCCUCUUCCUUCUGCUGCUUAUGUACCUACAGUCUGUCCUGUACAAACACAAGUACCUGCACCAGGAUGACUUUGACAACACUUACAUCACAGAGCAGUUUGAGGAGCUGGACCAGAGAUUGGCUAGAGAGGGAUAACCCCCUGUCCUACCGCUCAGCCAGAGAGAGGCCCGCACCUACAUCAGACCAUUCUCAGUGUACCUGACGACCAGGGAGCGGCGGACGGCUGCCCUCAGCGCAGUGUCCAUCCUCAGACACAUAGCCAUGGGAUGCCUGGUGGUGGCGCUGGACCUGGUGGUCUUCUGGAUGUUUGACCUGGUGCACCACCAAGCCCAGGGGGGCAUUGUGGCUAGAGCACCCAUCGUAGUGGCUGUUGAAGUAAACGGCACAGGCUAUGCCUCUGACAUCUUCAAGGACAUAGUGGCUUCCUUUGACAUUCUGCAGAAGGGCAACAUCACCGUUCUCAGCAAGUGUCUGAUGGAGCCUUCAGAGCCAGACCACUCAGGAUACAUGCUCAUAGGAUUCCUCUAUGGACUCUCCUUGUUCAUUGUGUUCGCUGGAAGCUACGUCAAGCGGUUAAGGAGGCUUGUGUGUGCCAGGUCCACCCCAAAUGAGAACGGGUACCGGGUGCAGCUCCUCCACAGGAGGAUCCAGAGCCAGCGUACGUCUCUAGGUAAAGCCCUGCUGAGGUCUGUAGCCAGGAACAGGGCAGACGGAGAGGGGACCAACUUCCUCCAGACAAUAAAUGAAUGUCCAUUUCCUAAAUCUCCCAUUCUUGAAGCCAUUUCCCAUCUUUUCACCAUAUUAGUAUUUUAA